AUGGAAGGUGAGAAUCGGUCUACAGACACGGAGUAGUGCAGUUUGAGCCUCAGUGUCUCUGAAGUGGUUGUUCCCAGUAGGGAGAAAAGUUUUUAAAUAGGGAGGUAUAGGCUACUACCGGAACGGGCAAUAAGAAGACAUAUUUUCAUGUUAAUUUUUGCUACGGUAUGCCCUACUGAACACGACCCUGGUGUAGGCCCUACUUAAAGAACAAAACACACUGUGCCAAUGAAUGGUUAAAAGAAGCGGCUGGCCUCCUGUCGCCUCUACCAGAACAUCGGCCGUCAGUGUGUUAAUUUCCCGACGAUUUUACAUGGUGGCAUUCUACAAUGACAUUCCACAAUGUCACCGUUCGUUGUCACCCUUCGUUGUCACCCGCUGCUUUGAACUGUUGGUCGGCGCUGUGUUUUGUCCUUAACUCAGAAGUAUUUUCACAUGAUGUAGCCUAGUUCUAUGUCUCACCCUGUGUCCCUCCUGAUCCAGGUGUGUGUAAAAUGUACGAAGAGCACCUGAAGAGGAUGAAUCCCAACAGUCCCUCCAUCACUUAUGACAUCAGCCAGCUGUUUGACUUCAUUGACGACUUGGCGGACCUCAGCUGUCUAGUGUAAGUAGUGCUGUAGAACAUUUAGCAGACGCUCUUAUCCAGAGCGACUUACAAAUUGGUGCAUUCACCUUAGGAUAGCCAGUGGGACAACCACAUCUGGAUCACAGUAAGUACACUUCUUCAAACAAGCAGCUGUGAGCAAAGUCAGUGCAAUCAGGGACAACUACAUCUCGAUCACAAUAAGUACAUUUCUUUAAAC